CUCGCCCCAGUCGUUCCCUUCAUGGUUCCCACAGAAAGUCAGUAAACAUUUGCGUGAAAAGUGAUCUUUAGAGCAUCCAGCGCGGUCCAACUUAGCAUGGCUUCUUCCAAACGCAAGGAUCCGGUUUCUGCAGCAGCAUCCCGGAUCUUUGUGCUGGAGGAAGAAGUUAGGAGCCUGACUGAGGAACUGAACCACUGCCAGGCUGAUAAAGAAUUUGUAUGGUCUUUAUGGAAACGUCUCCAGGUUGCAAACCCAGAUGUUACUCAAGCAAUCAGUUUGGUUGUGGAAAGAGAAAAGCAGAAGGCUGAACUCAAGGACAGGAAGGUUUUAGAGAUUUUGCAAGUUAAAGACAGCAAAAUACAGACACUGGAACAGAGAACAAGUGGGCAACAAGAGGAAAUAAACAACCUGGUACGGAGGAAAAUUGUUGUAGAUGAAGAAAAUGCUGCCUUAAAAAAUGAGCUUUGCAUCUUACAACAGAAAUCUCAAGAUGUAAUCCAGGAACUUAAGGACACCAAGGAGUGUGCACAGAGAAAGGAUGAGCAAAGCAGACUGGUUAUAAAAAAUCUGGAGGAGGAAAAUGAGGGAUUAAGUACACGCUAUGCUGACCUGCUAAAUGACCUGGAGAAACUGAGGAAGCAGGAAUCACAAUGGAGAAUAGAAAAGUCUGGCAUUGAUGCAAAAAUAAAGCAUUUGGAAUCAGCUUUAACAGAAGCAAGGGGACAAAUGGAAGUUCUGCACAAUAGAUGUGAUAACCUGGCAUCUCAGCUUGGUGUUAAGCAGACUGAAUUAACACAAAGGGAUUUGGAUGUGGCCAGAGCUAGGAAAGAAUUGCAGGAGCUGCAGAAUCUCUACAAACAAAACACUGAACAUGCAGCACAGCAGGCAGAGCUGAUCCAGCAGCUUCAGGCUCUCAAUACAGAUACACAAAAAGUACUGAGAACUCAAGAAGAUGCUCACACAGCUGAAACAAUAUCAUACCAAAAACUUUAUAAUGAAUUGACUAUAUGUUUUGAAAAACUCAAAGCAAGUGAAAUUCAGCUGCGGCAAAGUCAAGUGCCUCUCCAGGAUGAAUUAUUUGAAAAAGAACAACGUAUCAGUCAACUGGAAAAGCAACUUCAUGAGGCCCUCAGUUCUGCAUCUUCAUUACCUUACGAGACUUAUUUAGAACCAAGAAAAGAGGAAUUCCAACAGUAUUCUUUAAUAGAGCUAAAAUAUCUUGUAAUAUCUCAAAAGACUGAAAUAGAGCUUUUGCAACAAAAAUUGAAAAGAGCAAAUCGUUCACUGGCAAAUCAUAGUCUUUGCAGCAGAGAUUUCUUGGAUUGCAUCGGUACUAGGGCUGGAAAAAAAUACAAGGAACCACCUGUGAAACGUUCAAGGUCUCUGUCCCCAAAGAGCUUUUUGAAAGAGUCAGAAGAACUAAGGAAGCUCAAAAUAGCUGAAGGAAAGAUAGAAAACUUAGAAAAGACACUACAACUAAAGAUCCAAGAAAAUGAUGAGCUGAGACAAGCCCAUGAAAAACGUAAGAAACGUCUGCAGAUGUUACAGGCCAACUACAGGGCAGUAAAAAAGCAAUUAAAGCAAUGGGAGGAAGGCUAUGGCAAGCCUGGAAACAGUAAGAGUGGAAAAGAACAUUCAGAUCCUCAGCAUCUGCGUCAAGAAAAUUCUGAUGCAGUAUGGAAUGAGCUGGCAUAUUUUAAAAAAGAACACAAAAAGCUGUUGAUUGAAAAACUGAAUUUAGAGGAGGAACUGGAUCAGAUGAAAGUGCAUGUCUCUAGAGAUAAAACUAUAAUACAAGAGUUGAAUAUGUGUCUGCAGCAAGAAAGAGAAGAGCUGCUCUUUAAACUUGGUGAAGAAGAUGGGGUCAACAGCAGUACUCCAAAGAAGAAUGUGAAAGAAAUACCAGCACAGACAUUACAGAAGGUCUCACAAUUGGAAAGAAGAAUAAUGGACUUUGAAAAAGAAUCCAGGAAGUUGAAAGAAAUUAAUAAAGGGUUAGUUAAGGAUAAAAGUGACCUGAAAAUAUUGCUUAAGCAGCAUAUAGACGAUGUAGGGGCCAGAGAAAAGGAGUUGAAGAUACUUGUGGAAAAGAUCACAGAAGCAAAGGAGGACAAAGCAAAGCUUCAGUCAAUAACAGAUAGAUUGGAAAAAGAGGUCACCUCUCUGAAGAGGCAAGUGGCAGAAGGAAAUUCCUUGAAAAAUGAAAACGAGGAUUUGCUGAGUCAAGUGAAGCAACUGCAGAGCUUACUGGACAGAGCAAAAAUGGCUGACUUAAAGGCCACAGUGGAAACAGCUUGUGGACAAUGUAGGCAUAAGAGUACAGGUGCCAGUGUCAAACUGAAAACAGGAAAGAAAAAGAGCUUAGUGGAACAUCAGUCUCUUUGCAAUCAGUCCAUCAAGGUUAUGAGUGGUGCAUUUCAGAACUUCAGUAAGGACGGCUGGGAGGAUAUGAGUGAAAGCAGUGACUCUGAAAUACUGAAUUCUGAAAACCUGGAGACAAAAGCAGCACAACAUACUUCAUUGACAAAAAAAAAUGAUCAGCAAGAACAAAAUAAGAUAGAGGAUGAUAAAAUAACCCCAAGCAGUAUCUAUUCAGAAGAUGAAAGCAAAUUAUGUCAGAAAAAGAAAAACAAAGGUGAAUUAGUAAUUACUGUCCAAAGGAAGAAGAUUCUAAAUUCAGCACUCAUUCCUUACAAAGUUAACAGAGAGAAGAUGAGAGGUAUCAUGGUCCAGAAACCUGGCUGCUCCAUAUCACUCUGGGGACGUAUCACAUCUUUACAGCAGCAGUUAGCUGUUGUACAGAAAUCAAAAAGAACAGCAGUAUCGUCUCUCAAAAAGUCCAGGGAAGCAAAUAAAAGAUUAACAUCCCAACUGCAUCUAACCAAACAGCAACUUCAGACCAGCAAACAAAAUGUUCAG